CACAAACCAAGAGCUAGCUUAGCUGCACUCUGAAGCCAGAAGAAGAGGCAUUCGCUGCACAGAACUAGAAGAGUGCGCUAGCUAGCUCUGAGCUCUGACGGCACGCCCAAUGGCUUCCAAGAAGAUGCUCGUGCUCGUCGCGGCCGCGCUCGCCGUCGCCUUCCUCCCGGCAUUCGCCGCCGCCACCGAGCACUGGGUGGGCGACGACAAGGGCUGGGCACUGCGGUUCAACUACUCCACCUGGGCCGAGACCAAGCAGUUCAAGGUCGGCGACACGCUAGUGUUCAAGUACAGCGAGCCCAGCCACACGGUGGUGGAGGUCAACGGCGCCGACUUCGCGGCGUGCAACAUUCCGGAGGACUCCAAGGCGAUGACCACCGGCCAGGACCAGGUCACGCUCGGCGCGGCCGGCCGUCGGUGGUUCGUCUGCAGCGUCGGCGCGCACUGCAAGAACGGCAUGAAGGUCAAGAUCAACGUCCUCGCCGCCGAGGAGGCCGCCACCGCCGAGGUCCCGUCCACGGCGCCUCCGCCGCCGUCCAGCCCCGCGGCCAAGGUCCAGGCGCGCCUCGCGCAGGCCGUGCUCGCGGUGAUCGCGGCCGUGCUCGUGUUUUAG